GCAGCCCUCGAGGGAGCCCGAGGCCGGGUGGGAGUCGUGCCCCAAGGGCCGCUUCUCGCCGCUGUGGGGAGGAGGAGCGCGGCCUCCUCGGUGCCGCCCGCCGGGAGCGCGGUCUGUGUCUGAGGGAGCUGCGGCCCCGCCAUCCCGCUCUGCGGGUCUGCAGAGGGCGAACCCCCGCAGCAAGGCCCGGCUGGAGCCCGGGGCGCGGCCUCCGGGUGGCUGCGGCAGCGGGGCGGAGGGAAAAAUGAGGCAUAUUGCAGAACUCCAAAACAAAUAUAUGGCACAUUUAUGAAGAUGAUUUCUGAAAAGCGAUCUAUUGGCAGACGGCGAUACGCUGAGAACGAGGACCUCUCGGACGUGGAGGAAAUUGUCAGCAUCAGGAGUUUCAAUUUGGAAGAGAAAUUAAAGAGUAAAACGUAUCACGGGGAUUUCGUGCAUGCCAUGGACGGGAAAGAUUUUACUUUUGAGUAUGUGCAAAGAGAAGCUCUCAGAGUUCCCCUUAUCUUCAGAAAUAAGGAUGGACUGGGAAUUAAGAUGCCUGACCCGGAUUUCACCGUCAGGGAUGUGAAGCUAUUAGUGGGAAGCCGGCGAAUCGUGGAUGUGAUGGAUGUGAACACCCAGAGAGGAGUUGAAAUGAGCAUGUCCCAGUUUGUGAGGUACUAUGAAACACCAGAGGCCCAGCGGGAGAAACUCUACAAUGUCAUCAGCCUGGAGUUCAGUCACACAAAGCUGGAGAACAUUGUCAAGCGCCCCAAUGUGGUGGACUUGGUUGACUGGGUGGAUAAUAUGUGGCCACAGCAUCUGAAGGAGAGCCAGACUGAUGCUACCAAUGCUAUUUCAGAGAUGAAAUACCCCAAAGUGAAAAAGUACUGUUUGAUGAGUGUGAAAGGAUGCUUCACUGAUUUUCAUAUUGAUUUUGGUGGCACUUCAGUGUGGUAUCACGUUUUCCGUGGGGGGAAGAUCUUCUGGCUGAUUCCACCUACUCUGCAGAAUCUAGAACUUUAUGAAGAAUGGGUUCUCUCAGGAAAGCAAAGUGACAUCUUUCUGGGAGACAGGGUGGAACGAUGCCAAAGAAUUGAGCUGAAACAAGGCUACACAUUCUUCAUCCCAUCAGGGUGGAUACAUGCUGUUUAUACUCCAGUAGAUUCUCUGGUGUUUGGUGGAAAUAUCCUGCAUAGCUUUAAUGUUCCCAUGCAGCUUCGCAUCUAUGAAAUUGAGGACAGAACAAGGGUCCACGCCAAAUUCCGGUAUCCUUUCUACUAUGAGAUGUGCUGGUAUGUCCUGGAGAGAUACGUGUCCUGUGUGACCCAGCGCUGCCACCUCAGCAAAGAGUACCAGAAAGAAUCAAUGUUAAUUGAUGCAAAAAGAAAACGCAGCACAGACAGCUACUCAUCAGAUUCGUGGUUAGACAUGGAUGAAGAAUCUUGUGAUGCCCAUAUCCAGGAGGAGAAGGAUGACAGCUUGGAUAAGAACUCCAAAUCCUUGGUGGAUGGCUCCUCCUCACCUAACAGCACACACUCAGAAGGGAAGGAGGGUGUGGGAAGAAAACAAAAAGCCACAGUAAUGAGAUACCUUAAAAGAACUUUGUCUAAUGAGUCAGAUGACAGUGUAAAAUCAACGACCCCCACGGACUAUCCCAAAACACCAACGGGGUCUCCAGCUACAGAAGUGUCAACCAAAUGGACUCACCUCACAGAAUUUGAACUGAAAGGUUUAAAAGCUCUGGUGGAAAAGCUUGAAUCUCUCCCAGAGAACAAGAAGUGUGUUCCAGAAGGCAUUGAAGAUCCACAGGCUCUCCUGGAGGACAUGAAGAACAUACUGAAGGAGCAUGCUGAUGAUGACCAAAAUCUUGCCAUCUCGGGUGUCCCUGUGGUCAGCUGGCCCAAGAAGACCACAAAGAACAGGGCAGUGGGUCGGCCCAAAGGGAAACUGGGCACUGGCUCUGCAGUGAAGCUCGCAGCCAACCGGACAACCGCGGGGGCCCGGCGGCGGAGGACGCGAUGCCGCAAGUGCGAGGCGUGUCUGCGGACAGAGUGUGGAGAGUGUCACUUCUGCAAGGACAUGAAGAAAUUCGGGGGACCUGGCAGGAUGAAGCAGUCCUGCAUUAUGAGGCAGUGUAUUGCACCAGUGUUGCCUCAUACUGCUGUGUGUCUGGUAUGUGGAGAGGCUGGGAAAGAGGACACCGUGGAAGAGGAGGAGAGCAAGUUUAAUCUCAUGCUAAUGGAAUGCUCCAUUUGUAAUGAAAUCAUACACCCAGGAUGCCUUAAGGUGAAGGAAUCGGAUGGUGUGGUUAACGAUGAGCUGCCGAACUGCUGGGAGUGUCCAAAGUGCAACCAUGCAGGGAAAACUGGAAAACAAAAGCGGGGACCGGGAUUCAAAUACGCAUCAAAUCUCCCCGGCUCACUGCUGAAGGAGCAGAAAAUGAACAGAGACAACAAAGAGGUGACAGAUGCUGCAAAGAGGAAAGGGGAUUGUGAAGAAACUCCCAGGCGGAAAUCCGAGGAACAUUCCAAAAAGGCUCAAGUUGACUCAAUACUGAGGAGAAAGUCAGACGAAGUGCAUCUGUGGAGGAAAAGGAAAUUUGAGAAACCCCAGGAACCCACGAUGAGAAAGCGGCUAAAACUUGGGAAAGAAGACAAACUCUUCAGGAAGAAGCGGCGAUCGUGGAAGGCUCCGGAUGACCGAACUGCCAUGAUCAAACCCCUGCGGCGCCUGAAGCAGGAGCCAGAGGAUGACCUGGCAGAGGCACCUCCCAGGUCCAAGGACAGUGACCAGUCACGGUCCAGCUCGCCCACCGCAGGUCCCAGCACGGAAGGUGCUGAGCCCAGGGACAAGAAGAAGUUCAAGAUGAGGCGGAAAAGGCGGCUUCCCAACAAGGAACUGAGCAAGGAGCUCAGCAAGGAGCUCAACCAGGAGAUCCAAAAAACCGAGAACAGCCUUGCCAAUGAGAACCACCAACCCAUCAAAUCCGAACCCGAGAGCGAGAACGAGGAACCUAAGCGUGCUCUGAACAACAGUGAGAGACUCCAUAGGUUCAGCAAAGGGUUAAAUGGGACUCCCCGGGAGCUGAGGCACCAGCUCAUCCCCAGCCUGAGGAGCACCCCUCGGGGGAUAACCCGGCCGCCGCCUUCGCUCUCUCCUCCCAAAUGCAUCCAGAUGGAGCGGCACGUUAUCCGGCCCCCUCCCAUCAGCCCCCCUCCGGACUCGCUCCCCCUGGAUGAUGGGGCUGCCCACGUGAUGCAGAGGGAAGUCUGGAUGGCUGUCUUUAGCUACCUCAGUCAUAGAGACUUGUGCAUCUGUAUGAGAGUUUGCAAGACCUGGAACAGAUGGUGCUGUGACAAAAGAUUAUGGACCAAAAUAGAUUUAAACCAUUGUAAAUCCAUCACUCCACUUAUGCUUAGUGGCAUUAUUAGGAGACAGCCUGUAACCCUUGAUCUUAGCUGGACAAAUAUAUCUAAAAAGCAGCUGAGUUGGCUGAUCAACAGACUGCCAGGUCUCCGGGACCUGCUGCUGUCAGGGUGCUCGUGGAUAGCGGUGUCGGCACUUUGUAGUUCCAGUUGUCCUUUACUCCGAACUCUGGACGUGCAGUGGGCAGAAGGACUGAAAGAUGCACAAAUGAGAGACCUCCUGUCACCACCCACAGAUAACCGGCCAGGUCAGAUCGACAACCGGAGCAAACUCCGGAACAUCGUGGAGCUGCGCCUGGCCGGGCUGGAUAUCACGGACGCUUCCCUGCGGCUGAUCAUCCGGCACAUGCCCCUGCUCUCCAAACUCAACCUCAGUUACUGUAACCACGUGACGGAUCAGUCCAUCAACCUGCUGACCGCGGUUGGCACCACCACGCGGGAUUCGUUAACAGAAAUUAAUUUAUCAGACUGCAAUAAGGUCACUGACCAGUGCCUGUCUUACUUCAAACGUUGUGGAAACAUCUGCCAGAUCGACCUGAGGUACUGCAAGCAAGUGACAAAAGAAGGCUGUGAGCAGUUCAUAGCAGAGAUGUCAGUAAGUGUCCCCUUUGGGCAAGUGGAAGAAAAACUUCUGCAAAAACUGAGUUAGUUAAAGGACACUUGUAAAUACUGGGGCUGGGGGGGGAAGGGACUAAGAACACGUAGGGAUUUUAUUUUCAAUUGGGAACUUGGAAUAUUGAAAAAAAAAAUAAUAAAAAAUACUGCGAUUGGAUUUUACAACUCUUGUUGAGGAGAGAACAACAUGAAACUACCCAUGUUAAGAAUCUCAACUUGUGCCACUAAUUCAGUCUACCUGGGAUGUCCUGCACUGGCUCUUAUGCAAACCCGUAAGGCGACUGUUACUGAUGGUGAUUGUUCACACCCGGAAGACGACUGAUCUCCAAGAAAUACUGUUAUUUAAAGUACCACAGCAUGUGCUUGGUAGUGUAAAUUUGAUUUCUGCUUUUCAUUUCUUAACAACAACAACAACAACAAAAAAGAAGUUGGUGUCAUUCAAGUGGACCACGCACUGCAUUUCUGCCUUCUUAACACAUUUUGUUUUGUUACAUCUUACAUUAUGCAGAACUAUUUUUGUACAAAAAUUGUUUAAAAAUUAUUUAUGCAAUGUUUGAAUGCAUUACCAGUGUUUUGGUUUUGAUUGCCAAUUUUUAUCUUUACUUAUGGUAGGCGAGAACUUAACCUAUACUUCGUAGACAGUAUCUAUCUACAAACGUGCCCAGGUCAGGAAAAGUAGGUUAAUACUUUCAACUUAAAGCAUGUUUUAAUGGAAGUUUAUAUCCUGCUUUGUAUACUUCAGAAGUGACAUAAGCAUGUUGUGGAAAUAAGGUGUAAAUUAUAGUUGAAGUAAAACACUUUGCCAAGUUUUAUCUGUAUAGAAAUCACCUUUUUCUCAAAAUUAAAAAAAAAAAAAUUCCAAUUUCAGCUUUUGCACCUAGGAGGGUUUCACUCUGUAGCAUGAGCUCUUGUACUCAAUAUAAAAUUAAUUUAUACAGUGAGUCCAGCUGUAGAAUAAAUGGUCAAACGUAGUCUCUCUUUCUUUGAAGUGUGAGUUGAGUUCUCAUUUAAGGUUUAUAACAUGGUUAUUUCCUGAUUGUAAAAUUCUGCAUUCAUAAGUGCCAUUGUUGUACUGUGUUGUUUUCGUAGACCUUCCUGAUGCAGUUUUACCUUUGUUGAAUUUGUAUAAACAAUUGUACAAAAA